UUCAUGAUGGAAAAUUCGAUGGAAUUUAAUGACAGAUGGUAUAAGUACAGUCAAUAAAAAAUAACAGUACUUUUGCUAGAAAGCUUUUGUUCAUCUAAGGCAGCAACGAAACCCUGGAGGCAAUCGAUAAGAACUGGGUUAAUACGAUCAGGUUGAAUCACAAACAUGUUGAAACAUUGAAUUUUUGGUGGAAAAAUGUGGACCUGUGGAAACCACAAACGGAUGCUACCACGGAUCGUAAUCCUUUAUUACAGUACCAGCUUCUAUAUGACCUGACAUUAUUGUGGCUAUUUGAAACCAAUAGCUCGUUUUAACAUUUUUUCCGACAUUGAUGACUACAAUACACGUUAUUAAUCAAUGUAGUUUACGAAUCACAUUAGACUACUCCAACAUUUCUAGAACAUGGGACAGUUAAUUAAUUCGUUGAGCACUGCAGUAGCAAUAAAUAUCGCUAAAUUACCAGAGUGUUAGUGAGUUGAAAUUAGUUGAAUGAUGAACCGUCGGAAAUACAUUGGGAAGCUUCAGAAAAUAAAAUACAACUUCGUCCUUGGCGUGAGCAUUGCUGUGGCACGAUUUGGCAUCCGGUAUGUCUUCUGAGGUGAUGGAAAAAGGGAGAUAAUCAGAGUCAAGUAAUAAUGGAGUAACAAGAUAUAGAGUUGAGGUUGCCAGAUAGUUUGGCUUCCCAGAGAAAAGCAAAUAAAGAAGAAAACAAGAAAGAAUUAAAAUUAAAUAGAAAUGGAGAAAUUUGGAGAUUUACCGAAACGAGAGUGGACUCAACGAUUAAGUUUACGUGGAAGUCGUCGAAGUCAUCAGGGUGAACUUGGAAGUACGAGAACGAUGACUGGAUCUGUCAGAAGCACGAGAAGAUGGACAAGUUUGCGUCAACAUGUAACAAAAGUGGAUGGUGUAAAACCAGUUGUUGAGCUUUUAUUGGAUCGUGAAAUAAAUUCAGCAACACCACCACCAGGUUCUCAAUCUCAUUCACCCAAUACACCCAGGACUCCUCAUACACCUAUUAAAAAAUCUAAUUGGGAAGUUAUCGAACAUUUUACUGGUGCUCCACGACCAUCAAUAGUUACGAUGGGCGUAGGAUCAGAAAUUGGGGUAAGCCUAGCAACAGGAGGAAUAAAAGAGUCUCUUUCUGAUUCUGGAAUACACACUAACUUGACUGAAAAUCAGAAAUGUGCUUUAAGUCGAUUUUUAAGUGCUCUCUGCAAAUCACAUCGAUUCAAAAAUCUCCAGGUAGAGAUGUUGUAUCAACGAUAUUUUUUGCGCAUGAAUCAAAGUAAUAUGACCCAUGUAUUAGGUCUCCUGACUGGACUAGCAAUAGCUUUAGGGUUACUUGUUCUCAGACUAAUAUUUACAAGCGAUCAACCCUUCCUUAUACUCAUCCAGAGGCCUGAGAACCUUUCUCUAGCAUUGACUGUCGUGGGAUGUAUUACUAUUUAUGCUGGUUUGGUUGCUUCAAUAUCACGACCAGGGAUGAACGAAGUCUGGCUUGCAGGAGUUAGUGGAGCAGUAUUGGUAACAUUACUGGCUCUUCAAGUUACCCUUAAUAUCCAUCUCGCCUACUUACCAAACUUGGAAGAAAUAACAAGUGAUGGAGAAAUUAUAAAAGACAGUGAUGAAGCUUCAAGUAGUAUACCAGUAUCAAGAUCAGAUCAUUUACGUACCGGUGGACCUUUAGCAGCUGCUUGGCCUGUAUGCUUCUUUAUCUACAUGGCUUAUGCUCUUCUACCUAUAAGAUUACGUUAUGCCUGUAUUGCUGGGAUUGUUUUCUCUGCUGCUCAUCUGAUUGGUGCUUUUCUACUUUAUUCACAGGAUUAUCCAGCGAUGCUUGCUCAUCUGCUGAGUUCAAUCGUCGUGGUAGGUGGAACAAAUGUGGCAGGAGCACUGACACAUCACCCACGAGAAUUGGCACAGAGGCAAGCCUUUUUAGAAACUCGACAAUGUGUAGAAGCACGGUUAACUACUCAAAGAGAGAAUCAGCAACAGGAGAGACUUCUUCUCAGUGUUCUACCUCGACAUGUGGCCAUGGAGAUGAAAGCUGACAUUGCCGGAAAACCGAAGGAUACUAUGUUUCACAAAAUUUAUAUUCAACGACACGAAAAUGUCAGUAUUCUUUUUGCUGAUAUUUGUGGAUUCACUUCACUGUCAGAUCAAUGCACUGCUGAAGAAUUGGUUCGUUUAUUGAAUGAACUUUUUGCCAGGUUUGAUCGCCUUGCUGCAGAGCACUAUUGUUUGAGAAUUAAGCUCCUUGGUGACUGUUACUACUGUGUAUCUGGCUUACCAGAACCAAGGCCUGAUCAUGCUCACUGUUGUGUUGAAAUGGGAUUAGAUAUGAUCGAUGCAAUCACGCUCGUAAGAGAAGUUAUGGCCGUGAAUGUGGAUAUGAGAGUAGGAAUUCACACAGGGCGAGUUCAUUGUGGAGUGUUAGGACUUCGAAAAUGGCAAUUUGAUGUCUGGAGUAACGAUGUUACCCUUGCAAAUUAUAUGGAGAGUGGUGGAAUCCCAGGGCGUGUUCACAUAACGAAAGAAACAUUGGAUUGCCUUGGAGAUGAUUAUGAGGUUGAAGAAGGGCAUGGUGGUGAAAGGAAUGCUUACCUAAAAGAGCACAAUAUUCAAACGUACCUGAUUGUCCCUGGAGACACUUUUAAAGAUAAUGUAACAAAUUCGAGUUUUAGAAAAGGAUAUUCUGCCAAUGGAAAUGUCUCUAAGGAAAUGAGGGUCAUGGGUCAUGGAUCUCAACACGGCAAGCACACUAAGCUGGGCUUUGGUGAGACAAUAGAAAAUGAAAAGGAUCCAGAAGAUGAAGUAAAUGAAUAUCUCAUGCGAGCUAUUGAUGCUCGAAGCAUUGAUAGAUUACGGUCAGAGCACUGUACACCCUUUAUAUUAACAUUUCGGAGGCCAGAUAUUGAAGAGAAGUAUUCAAAAGAACGUGAUCGAAUGUUGUCAGCAUAUUUUGUUUGCUCUGGAUUCGUGUAUGUCAUCAUCAUUAUUGCGAUUGCCAUUACUCUGUCUGGAAGCGUCUAUUUUUACAUCUGCACUGCAGUCAGUCUAUUCAUCAUUGCUUUUAUCAAUAGUAUUCUUCUAGCUGAGAAAAAUGAGAAAGUACCAGAGUGGGUGAGGAAUGCUUCAGUUACUAUUCUGGAAAAUCGAAUGGUGGCUCAGGGUAUAGCUUCUAUUGUUGUCUUCCUAACAUUUAUAACUAUAUUGUCUCCUUUGAUAACAUUAGAUAGCAGCAGCGUAUGUAGUAAUAAUACAUUUCCAACAAAAUCUCAUGACAAUUCUACUGUGGUGGUUCAAAGUAUUCCUAUUGCUCCGGGACCAUGUAAUUAUAUUCUAUUUUCUGACCUAUUUCCAGUUCUCGUAAUGCUUGUAAUGGUAACGUGUGCUGUGUAUCAAAUUCUCACAUCCGUUUUUAAAGUAGCUGUGUUAAGCAUUGUUGUGGCCUGCUAUUUAGCUGUGAGCAUUUACCAAGCUUCAAACGAAGAUGACGUUGAUCAAACAGGACGAUGGCUAGCUGGAGUAUUAGUUAUCUUUUUUAUGGCUUUUCUUGUUGCUCAUUCUCAACACACUGAAGCUACUUAUCGUCUUGAUUUUCUAUGGAAGCUCCAAGCAACUGAAGAAAAAGAAGAAAUGGAGCAUCUGAAAGCUUACAACCAGAAGCUCCUUGCAAAUAUACUACCGGAGCACGUAGCAGCACAUUUUCUAUCUACUGUCAACUCCGAUGAACUUUAUCACGAGCAAUGUGACUUCGUAUGCAUCAUGUUUGCAUCCAUUCCCAACUUCUCUGAGUUCUAUGUUGAGUUGGAAGCCAAUAAUGAAGGGGUUGAAUGUUUACGACUUUUAAAUGAAAUAAUUGCAGAUUUUGAUGAAGUACUAGCUGAAGAGAAUUUUAAAUACAUUGAAAAGAUUAAAAGCACCGGAGCUACUUAUAUGGCAGCUUCAGGUCUAACAAAAAGCACUUGUGAUAUGAAAGACUUUAAACACGUAACAGCAAUGGCAGAUUAUGCUCUGAGAAUUCGCGAUCAACUGGCUUACGUCAAUGAGCAUAGCUUUAAUAAUUUCAAAAUGCGAGUGGGUAUCAAUAUAGGCCCAGUAGUAGCAGGUGUUAUUGGCGCACGAAAGCCGCAAUAUGAUAUUUGGGGAAAUGCAGUAAAUGUUGCCUCAAGGAUGGACUCAACUGGCGUGUUGGACGGCAUUCAAGUGACCCAAGAAGUUCGAGAUAUUCUCAGUGCCAAGGGUUACCCGUUAACUUGUCGUGGAAGUAUUCAGGUCAAGGGUAAAGGUAGCAUGGUUACUUAUUUCUUAGAUGGCCCAAGAGAUCCUAAUAAAAUGGCUACUAUUGAUGAAAAUGAUAGUUUUUGUAAUUCUAAUAGUAUUAGUAAUUCAUUCGAUAAACAAAUCUCACAAAACAGUAGCUUUCCGUUCUGAAAAUUUACUUGUUAAGAAUUUAUUAAAAAAAAAAAAAACAACAUUUUCUCAAUGAAAAGUAAAUUUGUGAAACAAGGAAAUGACAUUUCCGUGUGAAAAUUAUAAAUUCUUGGUAGAUUUAGAGAGCGAUAAAUUAUUUCAAUUUUUUCUGUUAUACUUAAUCAACGAUGUUCGAUAUAGGAAAUUUUAAUUAAUUUUAUUGAAUAUUGCAAUGAUAAAUGAAGUUGAUUAAAUAGUGAAAAAUAUAUUCCAGUAGUCGAAUAACUAUUGUCACUGGAUCAAUGGAAGGAUUAUAAAAAUAAAUAAACUGCAUUUUAAAAUGAUUUACGAUAAAAAAGUAUUUGAAUGAUAGAUAAACAAAAUAUUUUUCAAUGAUAGAUAUA